UUCUCACUCCCGCACGACCACCGGCGGCGGCGGCGGAUUUUUUUUUCUUCCCCGUCUGGAGCUGCCUAGUGCCGACGGCCGAGGCGCCGACGCCGACGCCGGCGAGGCUAGUUGCGCAGCGCUGGCUUCCACCGCCAUCUCGCUAUUGAUUCUUUGUUUCAUGUGGCUGUAAGUUCUAACCUCUCCGUAUUUUUUUGCGAUUCCGCCUCAUGAGGGGAAUGACAGGUCCGCGGCACCGUCGACCGUCGAGGAACCGCUGGCCGGCCAGUGCUAGUGGCCGGUGGCAAGUGCGGGCGUACCAGCAGGCUAUAUUUGUCGGCGCAGUUCCUUGCCGAGUUAUAGUGGUAAUGCUUGCACAAUGUCAAUGUGGAGGCCUUUUCGUCAGUUGCAAACACGAAGCAUGUCCAUAUCCUUGGUUCGUGCUUCUCCUGUUGUAUGUUCAUUUCAUUUAUUCCGUGCUGAUUUGAUGGCACGCGCAACUUUUCGUUCAAUCUUUUGAUUGUCCAAGUCCAACAACCCCACCUCCUCCUGUUCGCAAAGAGUAAACUAGACAGUACUACUACUAGGCUGCUAGCCUGUGCCAAUCAGAAAAAGGGGAACACACAACCACAAAACGGGCUUUAGGUUAUCUUAUACACAGACGUGGAGUUCCCUGCAAUCUUCUGAUCAUUUGUUUUGGUUUUUUUCUUUUUUUUGGUCUGCUUGAUAGCUUGGUAAGAGACAUGUGGUGAUCUCUGAUUACGUUCUAUGAUGACAAGAGCGUGGUGCUGGAUUACGUAAUCUGUGUUUUUUUAAGUAAUCUAUGCUUCUGGUGCAGUAAAAAAUUCGUGUUGACCCAGCAAGAAUCUUGGGUGGUGAAUCAAUAAUGAUGGGCCCCCGUUGAAAGAUUAGUGCAUUUCAAAGCAAUGCCUACCAAUGCUUGCUGAGUAGGUGUGCAUCAAUGGUUCUUUCACAUUGCCUUUUCCUCGUGAAGUUCCCUGCCAAUUAUAUUGGACUUUUGUCGGUCAGUCAUGUUCAAGACGAAUCUGAAUUCCCCAGAUCAACUUAAAAUUGAUUAGCCUGAUGAACUGCCAUGCUGUACAAAUCCAGCUAAGAUAACCGCCAUGAUUGUGGCCGUUAUUCCAAACCCAACCUACCACCGAAAUCAUUCUAUAUCAGAAUCACAGGACAGCAACGUCAAGUGCACUAUGAUAACGUUAUAGCCUUUUGCUAUCACUCAGACUUGUGGCUUCCUCGAUCAGUUUGGCUUGCUGUAUUAUCUCUUUUGCAUGCUAUCCAAUUUCAUAAAGCACAAAGUAUUUAAGAAAGCCACAGUGUAUUGUCUGGGUAACUGGAUAUGCACUCAAUUAUCAAUCUAGACAUUCUUGAAGUUACUAUUGAUUGUUAGCUUUGAUCUAUCCACUGGACAAUGAAAUUAGUUUUGAUGUUCUAUGUUUUCUACUAAAUGUUGCAAGUUCCUUUCUGCAAUAAAAAGUACUUUAUGUUUUGGACAUAACAUGAUCUCUGGCAUGUUCUUCAACCACUAUUUUCUAUUACAAUAUAGAUGAGAUUGUGAAAGUAUUUUUAAGACAAAUUUAUUUAUAAAUAUGAUUUUCUCCCCAAAAUGAAUAAUUUAGAUUUUAUUGGUAGUCAGUUUCAAAAUUUGACCAGUCAUUAUCUAAAAUUUAUACUACAGAGAGUAGAAUUGUAAGGAUGAAAGAAGUGAGUUUAUCAGGGAGAGGAGGAAUAUCAUGCAGUUUCUCCAUAGCAACUUUGGUUUCUCAUUAGGUUUUCCCUUAUUGAGAAAGUUGGUAAAAUCUGUUCAUUAGUUAAACCGUAUCACAUUCCUUGCUGCUAGUCCAUUAUGGCCUCCUAACAUGUGUGUACUUCUGAUUUUCACUUUCACUGCUUCAUCAUGUGUCUAAUCUUGUUAGCAUAAUUAAUUUUUGAAAUUUUACAUAUAUUCAUAUAUCACUUUUUAUUUCAUCUGUGAGAUGCACUUCUUUCUCCUUUCAUUUCUUUUGUCAGUUCGCGAAGAAGCUUCAACUUGUUUAUAGUGAACUGUAUUUGAUUUAUUGGUGAUUCUGGUGGCAUAACUUCUUGUAUUGGCGAUUACCUUGUAUUUACUAGACUCUACAUCUUUCCCAGAUAGUGAAUUGUGCACUCUAGAAAACAAGGAUGAAUAGGACUAUGAGAGUAUUUUUUAAAAAAAAUUAGUGUCUGCUUACAUGUUGUGACUCAAUAUUCGAUGCCACUUAUCUGAUACUACCUCCCUCCCUUUAUGUUUGAAGUUGGUAAGUUCAAUUUUGCACGAACCAGCAUCAAACAAAAAAGAUUAGAGGGAGUAGCUUUUUAUGCAGAAUGAAAUGCUCACUUUUAGGUGUGAUCAUAAAUCAUACAAAGAAGAAAGGAUUGGGAGUAUCUAACUGGAUUUGGUGCACGUGGAUAAAUGGAGAUUCUAGGCAUUGCUCUUUUCUGUUUCUUGGAUAAUAUUGUGUGGGCCACUCUAGGUAUCUUUGGUGGAUAAACAAGAUACCACCAUAUAGUGUGGUGUUACUGUUACCUCAUUAAAAUUGCUUUAAAUCUAUCGACUUCAAACAUCAGUGUAAAGUUAUACAAGGUUAGCUGAUACUGUACUCUUUCUCUACGUGGUCACUGUAUCAAUCAGAAGAAAGAAUUGCUGUCUGGCACGCCAGUUAUAGUGGGAAGUGAUGUCAGAUUGGAUAGCAGUGCUAUGUUAUAGUACCAAUUGAACCCAUCAGAACACAAUUUCUGUUUUAUUUGAAUGCCUUUCUUUUUUUUAUUUUUUGCUAUGCAUUUUUCUUUGACAGUGGAUCUUCUAACUUUUGUUAAAGGAACUACAGGGUAUCAUCUUUGGAGUGCUUUCGUAUGGAAUCUUCCAGUGUUGUGCUUUGCAUACAUUGAUCUAGCAUCUUUUGGACCGUAUUUGUGUGGCUUCAGCUCUAUAGAGGAAAGUGGUUCGGUUUUCAUUUUCCUCCACCUGAAUAACACAUUUAUUCCUAAUUGUUUGAUAUGAUGCCACUAAAGCACAAUAGGCAUUGUUUUAUAGGAACUGGUUUUAGUUUUGUUCUGUAAUGGUGCUUCACUUAUUUAUUAUAGGGCAUGUGAGAUUCAAGACACUAUUGGUUUCAUUUGUACUUUGUGCAACUUCUUUUGUCACCCAAAAAGAGACAUCACAUAGUGGGAGGACUCAUCCAAAUAUUCUAUAUCCCAAAAGUUGGGUGGCCAUAUAUUACUUUCCGCUGUGAUGGUUUGAAUGUGAAGAACAUUUAUAGUGCCUUCAUGAUUCAGACUAAAUAUAUCAAUUGCUUCUGUCGACCGAUUUAUUUUUUCUCUCCAUAAGGCUGUUAGUUUUGCAUGUGGAUAAUCAUUUGAGGUACACUUCUAUUCUCUUGAUACAUCACACUUUUAGGUAUAUCAUUGCUUUUUCACGUCUGUUGCUGUUGGCUGUGAAAUUGUAGGUCACCAAUUAAAAUAAACAUCAUUUCAUGACACCUAAUGAUAUAACCUCAUGUGCUUUGUGUAUGUAAAUCACAUGUGGAUAAAGUAUUGCCGUCUGUUAUGUGAUAUACCUUUUGGUUUCAUUGCUUAUUUGUGAUCAUUACUGUUAGGACAAGUACGUUUUCAACCUUUUAACUGUGCUCGUGGUUUCUUUUUGAACCCUUAAAACUAAAAUCAUCCAUUUGCAUCCUUAAAACUAUAAAACCUCCAAUUUGCAUCCAUUUUAAGGCUGUUUUGUGCUGACCUGGGUACUACAUAUCAUCGAAAACCACUGGAUUUUAGGAUCAAGGUUGUGUUUUAGAUGGUUCUGAGAGACUGAGGUGAUUAAGUAAAUUGGUUCACACACAAUUUUGAUUAAAUAUUGUUCUUUAUAAUUUGGCUACUUGUUGGUAAAUUUACUGCUGCCUUUGCACUAUUGCCAAAUUAGAAUUUUCCCUGAAGUGUUUUCACUUGACUGUCCUAGUGAUCGCAACCCUUUACCCCUGGUUCUGUGUAAGUGUAACUGGUAUAGAACUCAGGCUAGCUUUGUAUAUUCUGAUUCCAGUAAAGUGCACAUAUGGAUAUAUGCUUCAAUAUGGUGCGCCGUGACAUCACAUUUUAUGAUGCAUGCGAUUAAGGUUAGAUUUGAUGGUCUUUGGACUGAAAAUGAUUCAAUAUGAUUUAUAAUCUUUUCCACCAAAAAGGGAAAUAUGCAAAAAUAGAUGUUUGAAAUUUUUGGUCUUAUCUACAUCCUGCUUAGUCAUGUAACUGGAAAUUGUCAAGGAUGCUGGAACCAUAUGCAACUUCAUUUGCUUUCGUGCCUUUUCUGUGGCUGGUGUAUGCAUUUUGCAUGGGCGUGUUCACCUUUCCUUCCCUCUCGGAUAUGUAACCAUUAGUUUGUCAUGCUAUGAUGCCAAUAUGUUUGACAAAAAAAAUGCAUUUCACGAAUCUACUUUGCCGAUCUGUGUAAUUCCACUUGGUGCUUCCUAUUUCCUUUAUUUUUCUUCUCUUUUUGGGGAUUGACAUCCACUCAAUGUUACACGGCACUACCACAGUGGUCAUAUGUGGGUCCGCUGUCCUAACCACAUGCACCAUACCUCUUUAAAACCCCAGCCUAAUGUGCACCCUCCAGUCCAAGGCCACUAGGAGAUUGUAAUGGAGAACAAUACUCCUCCAAAAUCUGGGACAGGCUUCUUCAAAACUUGCUUCAAUGGAGUUAAUGCUCUCUCAGGGGUUGGAAUAUUAUCUAUUCCAUAUGCAUUGUCUCAAGGAGGAUGGUUGAGCUUACUUAUUUUCUUAACCAUAGCCAUCAUCUGUUUCUAUACUGGUAUUCUCCUACAGAGAUGUAUAGACUCGAGUUCGCUUGUUAAGACCUAUCCUGAUAUUGGUGAGCUAGCUUUUGGGCGGAAAGGGAAAAUCAUAGUAGCAAUAUUCUUGUACCUAGAGCUGUAUCUUGUGGCUAUUGAUUUCUUGAUAUUAGAAGGUGACAACUUGGAGAAAUUAUUUCCAAAUGCUAACUUCCAUGCUGCUGGGCUCAAGGUUGGAAGCAAGCAAGGGUUUGUGUUGAUCUUCAGUCUACUUGUUUUACCAACAACAUGGCUUCGGAGCUUGAACAUGCUUGCAUAUGUCGCCCUAGGUGGAGUCAUGGCUUCUGUCAUUUUAAUCGCCUCUGUUCUGUGGGUUGGAACAUUUGAUGGGGUUGGUUUUCAUAAGAAAGGUGUGCCUGUGGACUGGUCUGGUAUGCCAACUGCUAUGAGCUUAUAUGCGUUCUGCUUCAGUGGCCAUGCUGUUUUUCCGAUGAUAUACACCGGCAUGAGAAACAGGAAAACGUUCCCCACAGUGUUGCUCAUCUGCUUCAUUAUAUGCACUCUUAGCUACGGUCUGACUGGUGUCGUUGGAUACUUGAUGUUUGGGGAAUCACUAAGUUCCCAGGUGACUCUGAACCUUCCAUCAAACCGUUUUGCCUCCAACGUCGCGAUCUACACGACGUUGAUCAAUCCGUUCACCAAGUUCGCGCUGCUGAUCACUCCAAUAGCAGAGGCUAUCGAGGAUAAGCUUCAUGUGGGCAAGAACAGGACCGUCAGUAUUGUCAUCCGGACUGCCCUGGUCGUCAGCACAACCAUUGUGGCCCUUGCCGUGCCCUUCUUUGCCUAUGUCGUCGCUCUUACGGGCUCGUUUCUCAGCAGCACGGUCACAAUGUUGAUACCUUGUGUUUGCUACCUGAAGAUCAGCUCAAGAACCUCCAGGAAUCUGAGGCUGGAGCUGGUAGUUUGCUUGGUUAUUAUCAUGAUUGGGGCGGGGGUAAUUGUGGUCGGCACGUAUAGCUCACUGAAACAGAUUGUUAAUAGCUUUUGAUUUCUGAAUGAUGUGCACGUCGAGUGGGUGUAAGGAUGAAUUGUAUGUGGUAGCUAUCCUAGGAAGAUACUGUAGCAAAUGAAUCAUAGACAAGACGAUCUUGUAAUCUGGAAUUAGCUUCGUAUAGUUUGUCCAGAUACAGCUUGUAUAACUAGUGCCCAAGGUAAAGAUUGUCCGGGCAUUCAUAUCAAUCAACAUCCAAGUAUUCAGCUCUGAUCGUUCCCAUUGA